AUGACUGAAGGCCACCAAAUGCAGCAGCCAUCGGAUAACAUCCAUAACAUGUUCGCCCAUGAAUCAGGAGAAACUGGUCCCUCUCAUGGGAACCACGUUGAGACCCAACGGUCCACGGAUCCUAGAAACUCCCUCGAGGACUACAACCGUACCAUGUUGGAGUACACUCAGCGUCAAAUGUCCUCAUUUGUCGAUAUUGACGACAACAACAGCGGCAACAGCGGCAGCAGCCGUAGUAGCCAGAGCAGCGGCAACAGUGGCCGCAGUGGUACCUCCAGCAAUGGUGUGCUUGCCCGCCAGGCCAAUGGCGCUCCACCUACUUCAGCCAGUGCUGCUGCCGCUGCUACUCGCCAUGCAGCUCACCAGCAUCAUGGCUAG